AUGAAUCUCCCCGCCUCGGAUCUAGACCUUCCGAGCGACGAGCCUUGUCUAAAGCGAGUCCCUCCGUCGCCAGAGCCAACACCAGAUGCCCGUGCAGUUCGGCACGAAUCUCCUCCACCCAGCUCCUCUCUCAUUGGCACUUCUUCACAUGCCUGGUGUUCCUCGAUCGCUGGCCCUCCCCUUUAUGCACAGAAGGGUGGCCUCCUCGACCGCGGCACGCUCGUCGUUCCGCUCACCUACCCGCGCUCUCAAGACCCCGUUCAACCUGGCUGCUCCUCGAUUGACGAACGUCUGGUCGCCAAAAUUAGUUGGCAGCCCUCAAAUCAAUUGCCGGAGGAUAUCACGCUACGUCUCAUCCAGAGAAAAAUACCUACGGACUGGAGCAAACACGUCACUGAUCUCAAGUGCUCUAUGAGUCUUCGGAGCGACGAGCUUGGUUUGCCUAGGAAGAAGAUCGUGGCUCUUGUGGAGGAGGAUCGACGGGAUGGGACUUGUUCAGAAGGAGAGGCGAAGUUUCGAGAGGCGUUGAGGGUGGAUCGGACGCUGGAUCGUGUCCUUCGUGUCUUGGUGUGCUCGCGAUACUCGCCUCUAAAUCAGGUCAAGGACGCAGAGGAGUUCAAGACCGUCUUCAAGGACGUUGUUAAAUUACACUACGUUAUCUAUAGGAAGACAGGGAUUCUUCAUCGCGACUUGAGCGUCAGCAACAUCAUGUUCUUCCGUUGUAGUGGCCGUGUCAUCGGAGUACUCAACGAUUGGGACCUAGCAGCUCCGGAGGCCAGACCUUCGUCAAGGACAUCCGAACAGCGUAUCGGUACUGCCGUGUAUAUGGCCAUGGACCUCCUCGACAACCCCGAUGGAUCUGUUCAGUAUCAGUACUGCUACGAUCUCGAGUCGUUUGCCUGGAUCCUGCUGUGGUGCGCUUUUGUGUUGGGUUUCGACGGCGAUGAGGUGAGGUUGGACGAACUACCAGAGAGGAUUCAGACUUGGACUGCAGGGAACUACUGGGAGGCUAUCCGGGAUGCAAAGUCUAUGUUCUUGUGCACAAAAAUCGGCAAAAAUCUCGAACACAUCACCACCUCUAUGAAAUCUCUGAAGAAAUGCUGGAUCGCCCCCGUCCUCAGGAGCAUGAUGAUUAACAUCUUUCACCGAGGUAUGCAAGAAACACGGUAUGGCCCCAUCGAAGGUGAUUUUUUCGAGUUCGAGGCUUUCAUGAAGGUAUCGGAGCCAGAGGUGGAGUUUCCUGAAAGGGCUGUGUGUGGCGACGAGGAUUCCACGUCCACAUAA